AUGCCCACCAUCUCGGUCGACAAGGCCGCUCUCUUCAAGGAGCUGGGCCGAGACUAUACUACGGAGGAAUUCGACGAGCUGUGCUUCGAGUUCGGUAUCGAGCUUGACGAGGAUACUACAAACUCGGACCGCCCCAUCGUCGACGGAGUGCAAGAACCUCCCCAGCUCAAGAUCGAAAUCCCCGCCAACCGAUAUGAUUUGCUGUGCUUCGAGGGCAUUGCGCUCAUGCUCAACAUCUUCCUGGAACGGAAGCCGCUCCCCGAGUACAGGUUGGUCCCGCCAGUGAAUGGACAGAUGCAGCAGAUUAUUGUGAAGGAAGACACCACGAAGGUCAGACCCUAUGUGUCCGGCGCCAUUCUACGAAAUGUCAAAUUCGACCAGGCUCGCUACGAGUCCUUCAUUGCUCUUCAGGACAAGCUUCACCAGAACUUGGCCCGUCAAAGAACUCUGGUCUCAAUUGGUACCCACGACUUGGACACCGUCCAGGGUCCUUUCACCUAUGAGGCCCACCCUCCCAAGGACAUCAAGUUCACCCCAUUGAACCAGACCAAGGAAAUGGACGGCGAGGAGUUGAUGAGCUUCUAUGAGAAACACCCGCAACUGGGCAAGUACCUGCACAUUAUUCGUGACUCCCCAGUGUACCCAAUCAUUUACGACUCCAAGCGGACUGUCUGCUCUUUGCCCCCUAUUAUCAACAGCGAUCACUCAAAGAUCGGCCUGCACACCACAAAUGUCUUCAUUGAAAUCACAGCUCUUGAUAAGACUAAGCUCGACAUUGUGACUAAGAUGAUGGUCACCAUGUUCUCCCAAUACACCGCGGAGCCUUUCACUAUCGAGCCCGUCCAGAUUGUCUCUGAACACAACAAGGAGACUCGUGUCAGCCCUGAUAUCACCCCCCGCACCACUCAGGCCGAGGUCUCAUACAUCAACCAGUGCUGUGGCUUGAACCUCAGCCCUGCUGAAAUCAGCAGCCGUCUCACCAAGAUGGCCUACCGCGCCAAGCCCUCCACAAACAACCCUGAUACCAUUGAUGUCGAAAUCCCCGCAACCCGCGCUGAUGUUCUCCACCAGUGCGAUAUCAUGGAGGAUGUAGCCAUUGCCUACGGUUUCAACUCUCUUCCCCGUGCAUUCCCCGACAUUUCCGGCACAGUCGCCAAGCCUCUUCCCAUUAACAAGCUUUCUGACAUUGUUCGUGUGGAGACUGCUAUGGCCGGCUGGUCCGAGGUGAUGCCUCUGAUCUUGUGCUCGCACGACGAGAACUUCGGGUGGUUGAACCGCAAGGAUGAUGGAAACACCGCCGUCAAGCUGGCCAACCCCAAGACCCUCGAGUUCCAGGUUGUCCGCACCAGCCUGGUCCCGGGUCUUCUGAAGACCAUUGGUGAAAACAAGAAUCACUCUAUUCCCAUGAAGAUCUUCGAGGUCAGCGAUGUCGCCUUCAAGGAUCUUUCCCUGGAGCGCAAGAGCCGCAACGAGCGACACUUUGCCGCUGCCUUCUACGGCAAGUCCAGUGGAUUCGAAAUCGUCCACGGUCUUCUCGACCGUGUCAUGGCCAUGCUCAAGAGCGCCUGUAUCACCGGCGAGGAGGGUCUUGAGAACACCGCUGCCAGCGACUCACAGUACUGGAUCAAGGAGCUGGAUGACCCCACCUACUUCCCCGGCCACGCCGCCUCUAUCCACGUCCGCAUUGCCGGCAAGGAGUCCGUCAUCGGUGCUUUCGGUGUCCUGCACCCCACCGUGCUUGGAAAUUACGGUCUGAAGUACCCCACCAGUACUUUGGAACUCAACGUUGAGGCUUUCCUGUAA